GCAAACCAGGAAUGGGGGAAAACUCCCUUUCCAGUUGGUGUCUGGGGAGUGGCUAAAGGGAAGCGGGCUAUUUCUUUCCUUUCUUGUUUUCACAGAACACACACGGAGAGAUCAAGCUGGGCACAGCCGUUCUUCCUGGGCUGAAGACAAGAACAAAACUUCACAAACUCCUUGGUGAAAUUUAGAAAGGGUUCGACACCCAGAUCUAUAUCGCUCAGCAUCCUGAGCGCAUGGAAUUCUUUUGGAUCAGUGUCGUCUUGUCUCUGACAGUGGCUCAUGUCGCCAGCCUCGAGUGUUACUCUUGCGAUGGUGACCGGGAUUGUCAAGAAACCGAGGUCUGUGAGGAGCAUCAAGAACAAUGCAGCACCACCGUCAUGACUGUAUUAGCCCGUCCUAAGAUCUCCACUUUCUACCUGAAGGGCUGCGAUGUGAGUGGGAAGCCCAACAAUUCCAUCAUGCAUCUCUCCGGCACUCAAGUUGUGUUUCUGGCAGAGGAGCACUGCAGUAACGAACUCUGCAACAUGGGGGCGCCAAAUGUAGUGGAUAUUCUCACGGCUCGGGGCCUUCAUAGACCCACCCUGGACUGCUAUUCCUGCUCCUCAUCCGAUAAGACUUGCUUCAACACCACUAGCCUUAUGCCGAUGCGCUGCUCUCGGCCGGAGGAAAGAUGUGUGGACAUCACAUCCUUUACCAUGCUAGAAGAGUUCCCUGCCGACGAACAGCGCAUCAAGGGCUGUGGUCAACUGUCCCACUGCGAGGAGCCUCUGGGCUUCCACAACCUGAACAGUUUCUACCUGAUCAAGUGCUGCAGCCUCAACAGGUGCAAUGAUGACACGCAAGAUUACAAGAGUAACCCCCUACCUCUGAAUGGGAUUACAUGCUAUAGUUGUGAGGGGAAUGCCACACAUGGUUGCUCCCCAAAUGAAGUCUCCAGAAUCCAUUGCCAGGGGCCCAUGGACCAGUGCCUGGAAGCCUCAGGGAUUCAUGGUGCUUCCGGACAGAGCUACGUUCUGAAGGGUUGUGCAACGCCUGCCUGGUGUGACAGUCCCUACACCUCGGUGUACAAGAAUGUGGGUGCCGUUCACAGCCGCUGCUGUACUGGUGACCUCUGCAACAACCAGAUCGUGGAUGGGACACUGAAGCCGUCCCCGAGGAGUCGAGCCAGCCACCAAGUCGAAGCCCAGCGUACUUUGCUUUCAACUGCAAUGCUGCUUUCAGUUGCCUUUCUUCUCUCCUCAGGAAGCUCAUGACCAUCAGUGUCCAAAUUAGGGCUUAACCUGGAUUGGGACCUCUCUGGGCUUAAGUUGGAAUCUCCUUCCCCAUCUCUUUGUCAGUAUUAAAUGGCCACUGUGAAGACAUGAGGGGUGAAGUAGAAGACAGCCUCUGAGUAUAUGUAAAGUGCAUUUCUCACAUUGCUGAGGAAUUGCAGCCAUUUUGGACAACACCAGGGUGACAAACCUAGUUUUUCAGUUUGAACGCUCCAAGUUCUGAGCAGG